AUCAUUCACAAUGGCAUAUGCAACUAUUCUCAUGAUCUUCUCGGUGGUGGCACUAAUGUCCGGCGAGAGAGCUCAUGCAGCAGUGGACUGCUCAUCGUUGAUACUAAACAUGGCUGAUUGUUUGUCGUUUGUGACUAGUGGUAGUACAGUUGUCAAGCCGGAAGGAACAUGUUGUUCAGGGCUUAAGACUGUGGUUAGGACAGGACCAGAAUGUCUAUGUGAGGCUUUCAAGAACAGUGGUUCUCUUGGUUUAACUCUUGAUCUUUCUAAAGCUGCUUCUCUUCCUUCUGUUUGUAAAGUUGCUGCUCCUCCUUCUGCUCGUUGUGGCCUUUCUGUCUCUGGAGAUCCUCCUGCUACUGCCCCUGGUAUGUGUUAUUUCAUACUUAAGUCAAGAGACUAGAUUUUUCGAUUUUGGUGAAUUUAUGAAUUAAGUAGAGAUUUUUUAUUGUUUAGUUUGAGAAUUUUGAUUUGAUCCUUUUUGGUUUGGUUUUAGAUUAACAAAUUAUAAUUAAAUAGUAAGUAUUAUUUAUAUUUAUAUUUUCUGUCUAUGUAAUUAAAUCAAUAACUAUUGUUGAAUUCCGGUUUUUCAAUUAGGUUUGGUUAAAUGGCAUAAAAUCUGGCUAUACAAUCUAUUCAAAGAUAUGUUUGAAUCUUAUUCUAGCUAUUAAAAACAUAAAAUUUUAACUGAUAAAUUUCAAUUAAAUUUUUAUAUUUUUUAUAUACAUAGAAACAAUUUUUUCUUUUAAAAAAGAGUAUUUAUAAUAAAUGACUAUAGAUUUGAAAAGAAUGUACAAACUAACCUUGAGUCACAGUAUCUUGUCGGAAAUAUGUUGGAGAACACGUGUAAUUACGUAAAUGUCCUUUGUAACAUGUUAUUUUUUCGAAAUACAUGCGAUAACAUAAUAUCCUCUUUUUAUCUUGUUAUUUUCUCUUAUUACAUAGUAUUUAUAAAAAGCACAUGGUAUUUUUUGGAAAAAACAUUCUAUUCAGUUUAAUAUCUCUUUUUAUCAUGAUAUUUUGUAGUAAUACACGUUUUUUAUUAAGAUCACACGUGAUUUCUUUAAAAAUAAAUUCUUAUUUUUUAG